AUGGCCACCUCCGCCUUCACCUCAGGAACCAGCACGCCUCACACCCCUCCAUACACACCGCACCGCACGAAGCGCCCAGUCUCCCGCAACCAGUCGCCUGCUUCGACAAAGAAUGACUCACCCGCUUCCAUCCGCUCAGCGAUCCAAGCAGACUCUACAGAAAGCCCUACCAAGAAGGCCUCAGAGACCGAGCCUCCGAAAUCUGAACCCACGGUCUCGGAGCUCACCGAACAUGACGCAGGCUACAUCGCGGAUAACGAGACCGAGAUCGUCUUGCCGAACGAGCUAGAAGAAGCCGAAAGCUCGCAAAGCGACGACGAUCCCACAUAUACCGGCGAAUCAGAAUCAGAUGACGACGCCAUCACGAACCUCCUCUCGGCUUUAGGUUGCGAAGACAGCGAAGAAGCGGCCUUCGAGAAGAAGCGUCGCGCCAAGCAUGCACGGAGACGCACCGAGUCGAGGGUGUUCAAGCGCCCGCACAGCCUGACUGUCAACGUGGGAAGCAUGGUUACGGAUCCCGAAGCGAUGGCCGAUCAAGAUCUACCGGAGAGCGCGAGGAGGUUGAGGCGGAGGACUAGGGGGCCGGAAGGGAUGGAAGGGGUUGAGGUGAGCUCGGUGAGGAGUUCUGCCGAGCCAGUUGGAGAAGCGAUGACCAACGAUGCCCCGGACGCUGGGUCUGGCAAGGAGACUGAUGCACUGGCUACACGGCGGCCGAGUGAUAUGGAUGUUGAUGAUGCGUGA